ACCAUCCCCAGUUUAAGGAGUUGACCGACAUUAAGUGAAUAAGGGUUCCAACAUUCAGCAUCUGAAAGAGCUUACACGAAACUAUGAGAUACACCACUCUAUUGGUCUGCCUGGUGACAACCUGCUUACAGGUUCAGUCCGCGGCCAUCACUAAGAAGAAGUCAUUUUUAUCUACACUUGAGAACACGGUGAAAUCAACAUUGGAAACACAACUGCUCAAUGAACUGACAAAGGAAAUAACAUGGAAAAAUACACCACAGUUUUAUGGGGAGAUUGUGGAGCUGAUCAAAGAGACGGAAGAUAAAAUGCUGGGAGAUGUAAUGAGAAUGGUCCUAGAAACAUCUAACGGCACAGGUGCAAUAUCACUGAAGACAAUUGAAGAUGUAGUGUCUACCUUCCUGAAGAAAAAAGCCAACCAUAAAAGAGAUGAAGAUGAUCACAUGCCGAAUUAUCUCAACAUCAAAUUCGGUGGCUUUGGCAAAUAACUUGCAGAAAGUGCACCACAUGUUAUAACUCAAAUUCUGCAAUAAAUUACGUGGGAAAGGCAGCUACUUUUGUAUAUAUGUACAUAUAAUGAACUCUAUUUA